AAUGGCGGCAGUGUUGCAGCAGGUGCUGGAACGGACGGAGUUGUCCAGACUUCCAAAGACCGUUCAAAACAAAUUGGAAAAAUAUAUUUCAGACCAGCAAAGUGAGAUUGAUAGUCUGAAAGCGCACAACGAACAGUUUCGCGUGGAUAGCGAACAACAGUACUUUGAAAUCGAAAAGCGGUUCGCAGACAGUCAAGAUCGGUUUGUGUCACAGACACAAGAACUUAAGAGGCUUAAAGAAGAAUUUGCUAAAAACGAGGAAGAGCUGAGAUGCGUGCGGGAAAAGAAAAACGAAUCCGAAGCUUCUCAUACGAAAUUGGAAUCCCUACAGAGCCAGCUCCAGAAAGCCCGGGAUGAGCUGGAGGCAGAGAAGAGGGAACUUGUCCGUACCCUGGAACGGAGGUCUCAGGAGGUCGAACACCAGAGCGAGGAUGUUAAGCGUUUGAGUAACAAGUUGGUGGAGGUGAGCACAGCCAAGCUGGAGUUUCAGAUGAAGUUGGAUGAGCUGGAGUCUUCUGAGGUCUCCAUUAAGUACAAGGAGAAGCGUAUGGAUCAGGAGAAGGAGCUGCUGCAGAAUCAGAUUGACUGGCUGAAUUCUGAGCUGAAGGCCAAGAGCGAGGAGCUGCUGAGCCUCUCUCGCCAAAAGGGUCAUGAGAUCCUGGAGCUCAAGUGCAGCCUGGAGAACAAAAAUGAUGAGGUCUCCAGGCUUCAGGACCAAAUAACCAACUUGAAAACAUCCAAUGAAAACAACCAGAAAAGAGCUGAAGAUCUGAUCAACAAACUGAAGGAGGUCAAAGAGAUGCAAGCAACAUCAGAGGACAAAUUCCGUAAUGAGCUGAAUGCGAAUAUCAAACUCUGCAACCUCUAUAAGAGUGCUGCAGCAGACUCUGACUCUAAGAGUGAGGAGUUGAGAGGCGCUGUGGAGGAACUGCAGAAACUCCUUAAAGAGGCAGGGGAAGCCAACAAGGCCUCAGAGGCUCGUCUGGAGGACAUGGAUGGACAGAGGGCCAAGAUGGAGGAAAAACUGAAAGAACGGAUUGCGGAGCUGGAGAAGGAAUUGGAGAACGCCAACGAGCUUCUUUCUGAUGGCAAACACAGAGGGAGUGUUGCAGCAGCAUCAGCUCUGACCGAGGAGCAGUUGACCACCAUGUCGCCCACGGCUGCAGCCAUCAGCAAAAUCAGACCUGGGAUGAAACUCACUGAGAUUUACAGCGCCUACAUCGAUGCUCAGGAGCAGCUGCAACUGGAGCGCAUGGAGAACCGGCGCGUGAACAAGUACCUGGACGACAUCGUGCAGGAGGUGGAGGCCAAGGCGCCCAUCCUCAAGAGGCAGCGCGACGAGCACGAGCGCAUGCAGAAGUCUGUGGCCAGCCUCUCCACCAAACUGGAGCAGGCCGUCAAGGAAGUGCAUCGACUCCAGAAGGAGGCUGACGAAGCCAACAAGCGGUCCUCUGUGCUGGACAGAGAAAACAAGCGCUGUGAGCAGCAGCUCUCUGAUCUCUCCCAACAGGUGCGCAUACUGCUGAUCGAGCUGGAGGAGGCGCGUGGGAACCACGUCUCGCGGGACGACGAGGCGGACAGCUCGGCCGACGUGAGCAGCACCUCUGAGGUCAUCUCGCAGCACCUGGUGACUUUCCGCAGCGUGGAGGAGCUGCAGCAGCAGAACCAGCGCCUCUUGGUGGCCCUGCGUGACCUCGGCGAGGCCCAGGAGCGCGACGAGAUAGAGACCACCUCCAAGAGGCGCUGUGAGCUGGAAGCCAGCCUGGAGAAGGCCCAGAGUGAGCUGGAGCAGUUGAGGGAGCAGAGGACCAUGCAGCUGCAGCUUGCCGAGUCCAUCGUGCGCCAGAGAGACAUGUACCGCAUGCUUCUGGCACAGGCCACUGGCGUCUCGCUACCUCAGCCAGGUGCUGCAGGAGACGAGAUGUCUCUGACCUCCACGCCACGCCGCUCGCCAGCGGCCACACCCACCACAGGAACGCCCACGGCCAUCACUCUGCCCGAGUCCACCGAGGUGGUGGAGGCCAAGGCUGCUCUCAAACAGCUGCAGGAGGUGUUUGGAGCCUAUAAGAAGGAGCGUGUGGAGAGUGAGCGAAUGCUAUCAGACCAGAAUGAGAAGCUGCAGGAGCAGAUCUCUGAGCUGCGCUCACAGAACGCCAAGAUCUCCACCCAGCUGGAGUUCACCUCCAAACGGUAUGAGAUGCUGCAGGAUAAUGUGGAGGGCUACAGGAAGGAGAUCUCUACACUGAGGGAGAAAGAGCAGAAGAUGGCAGCAGUCGCCCAGAAACACGAGCAUGCCGUCAACACCCUCACCCAGGAACUCAACAUCGCCAACGAGAAAAUUAACAUGGCUGAGUCGCGUCUGGAGUCUCUUCGUAAGGAGAAGGAGCUGCUAAAGCUGUCAGAGACGCGGCUCACCCAGGAGAAGGAGUCCAUCUGCACUCAGCAGAGAGGACAGAGCCUGCUGCUCACCAAUCUGCAGGCCAUCCAGACCACUCUGGAGCGCUCGGAGAUGGAGACUCGGCAACACCUGAAUAACCAGAUCGAGAAGCAGGAGCGGGAGAUCGCCCAGCUGCAGAAGAGGCUGGAGCAGGAGGUGGAGCAGAGGCACAUGCUCAGCCGUAACCACGACGUGCAGCAGUUGGAGGCGAAGCGUCAGCUGGAGGUGCAUCAGGCACAGCACCAGCGCACACGCGAGCAGCUGACGGCCGCUCAGCUGGAGCUGUCCAGCUUGCGCAUGCAGCAGAACUCCAGGGAGAGCCUGCCCUCACCCAAGGCCCAGGACGCAUCCGGAACUUCGGGAGUGCCGUCAGGUGUUCAGAUGGAGAUGGAGGAGCUGCGUGGCCGCUUGCGGCAGGCAGAGUCCGAGCUGGAGGAGCUUAAGGAGCAGCUGCAGACCAGCGCCGCCAGCAGGGAGCAGUAUCGCACCAUGUGCAUGAGCCUGGAGGAGUCCCUGGAGAAGGAGAAGGAGGUGACCGCCCAGGCCCAGGCGUCUGUGGAGGCGCGUCUGAAGACGGCGGAUGAAGAGCGCAAGCGGCUGGAGGCGAAGCUUCAGGAGGCCGAGCGCAUCAGCAAGAGCGUGCAGGGAGACAAGAACAAGGCCGUAACCGCCAUUGAGCAGCAGGUGACUGAGCUGAAGAAGACCAUAACCAGCAUGAAGGCUGACCUGGAGAAGGCACAGGAGAGGGCAAAAACGGCAACCUCUCAAGAACAGCAGGCCAUUCAGGACUGCCGGGAGCAGGCACGUCUGGCGGCAGAGGCGCAGUCCAAGUACGAGCAGGAGGUGUUGCUGCACGCUGCGGACGUGCAGGCCCUGCAGACGGCCAAGGCCCAGGCACAGCAGGCCUGUAAUGUCCGGCAGCAGCUGGAGGAGAGCGCCCACAGGGCCAGCGCCCAGCUGCUGGAGGCCCGCGUGUCCUGGGAGGAGCAGGAGCGCAUGCUCAAGGAGGAGCAGUCUAAGGAGGCGUUGCGCUCGGAGGAGCUGCAGAAGCAGAACACCCUCCUGCACGAUCAGAUCCAGACUCUCAGCUCCAAGAUGGCCACCAAUGCCCAGCAGGCUGGCAACCAGAGCACCUUCAACCUCACCAACAGCGAGGACAAGUCCCACGAGCAGGUGUUGGAGAUCCUCAAGUUUGUGCGCAAGGAGAAGGAGAUCGCCGAGACGCGUUACGAGAUUGCGCAGUCGGAGAGCCUGCGUCAGCGUCUGCGCGUGCAGCAGCUGAAGCACGAGCUGAAGGAGCUGCAGGACAGCCUGAACGCAGAGAGGGAGAAGAUGCAGGUGACUGCGCGGACGCUGGCGCAGCACGAGGAUCUGAUGAAGAAGACGCAGACCAUGAACGUGCUGGUGGAGAGCAACAAGCAUCUCCGGGAGGAGAAGGACCACCUGCAGCUGGAGCUGGAGCAGACACAAGCUAAGGUGCGUAAGCUGGAGCAAGACCUCUUGCCCAUCCAGGAGUCCAACGCAGAGCUGAGUGAGAAGAGUGGGAUGCUGCAGGCCGAGAAGAAGCUCCUGGAGGAGGACAUCAAGCGCUGGAAAGCCCGCUCACAGUAUCUGUUGAGCCAGCAGAAGGACACAGACCCCGAGGAGUACAAGCGCCUGCACACCGAGAGAGACACAAAUGUCAAACGCAUCCAGCAGCUCACUGAGGAGAACAGCAAGCUCAAGGCAGAUGCUACCAGGAGCAGUGGCACAGUGACAUCACUGCAGUCGCAGCUGAACGCUCUGCGGGAGAACCUGGGCAAACUGACGUCCGAGCGGGACGGAGCCAAGCGCGAGCUGGACGCCAAGAACCACGACCUCCAGGAGAAGCUCAAGACCAUCACACAGGUCAAGAAGAUCGGCCGCCGCUACAAGACCCAGUACGAGGAGCUGAAGGAGGAGCACGACAAGAUGGUGGCGGCGGCAGCAGCGACCCCGGCUCCAGACCCAGAGGCCAUGCAGGCCCUGACCCAGGAGCUGCAGACGGUCAAAGAAUCUCAGACCCAGAGCCAGGCCCGCACCACCCAGCUGGAGGCACAGCUGGAGACCCUCAACAAGACGGUGGGCGAGCGGGAGGCGGAGGCGCGUGCGGCGCAGGAGGAGCUGACUCGGCUGAGGCAGGAGGUGCAGGAGAAGAGCAGCCAGGAGGAGGCGCUGCGCCACCAGGUGACUGAGAAGGAGGAGCGCACCAAGAAGACCAUGAUUGCAGCCCGCUCAAAGAUCCGCCAGGUCAUCGGAGAGAAGGAGGCGCUCCAGAAGGAGAUGGAGGAGCUGCGUCAGCAGCGGGAGGAGCUGGAGGUGCGUGUGGCCCUCCGCUCGCCAAUCAGGGGGGCCUGUCGAGGGGCAGGGCUGAAGCUCGCGGGACCCCUCAGCGAGCAACACGACCGCCACACCGAGCCCCGCGAGGAACCCGCCGAACCCGGACCCAGCAAGGUGCCUGAACAGCAGCGGACCACUGAGCAGAGACCAAAAACCCUGAAGCCCACCCCUGCAGCAGAUCGCGGAAGCGCCAGCUCCUCGGAGCCCCCCACGGCCAACAUCAAGCCCACUCCAGUGGUGGCCACGCCCAGCAAGCCUGCGCCCAGCCAGGGCAACAAGCCCACCCCCCGCGCCAGCAUCCGGCCAAUGAUCACCCCGGCUCCUGUGCCCACGCCCACUCCCACCGCCACGGUCAUGCCCACCACCCAGGAGACCCAGGAGGCCCAGCCGUCCAGCGAGGGUCCGGUGGAGCACAUGUACGGCAGUGCCAGUGGCACGGUGCGCUCCACCAGCCCCAACGUGCAGUCCUCCUCGCUGGCCUCCUCCAUGAUGACCAACCCCCAGAGCCAGAACCAGAACCAGGCCACCGCCUUCGUCCAGCCCACCCAGCAGGCCGUGCCCUCCAGCGAGCCGGCCAAUCAGGAGCCGCCGCCCGCCACCGUCAUGAUGGAGGCCACGCCCAGUUCACAGGUGGAGAGGCCCUCCACCUCCACGGCAGUGUUUGGCACAGUGUCCGCUACGCCUGGUUCCUCCAUGAGCAAGCGUCUGCGGGAGGAGGAGCAGGAGGGGACGAGUGCGGACACAGAGACCCCCGACGAGCCCAGCGAACCUCCCAAGAAACUCCGCCUCGUCCAGAGAGUUGGGCCAGAGGAGGAGGUGAUUGAGGACAGCACAGAGGCUGAGAGUGUUGUUCCCGGCGAGAGCCAGGACGCUCCAGAUGCCUCACAGGAGCUUGAGGACUACCCGGUGCUUGCCGAGGUGGACGAGGAGGCAGGCGGCUCUCAGUCGGUCCCUGUGGAGACCUCGCAGGAGGGUGACUGCGUGCCGCAGAGUGUCAUCGUCAUCGUCAGCGACUCCGAGACGGAGGGCGAGCAGGAGAGCGAGGAAGAGGUCGAGGAGGAGGAGGAGGAAGAGCAGGAGGACUAUGUGGAAGAGGAGGAGGAAGAGGAGGAGGAGGACGAAGAUGACGACGGCGGCAUGGGCGAUGAGGGCGAGGAGAGCAACGAGGGGAGCGGUAGUGGAGAGGGCAACGAGGCGUACGAGGGCGACGAGCAAGACGAGCAAGAGGGGGCGGAAGCGACCGACCAGGGCACUGAGACGGAGGAGAGUCUGGGAGCGACGGACUCCACCCAGCAACGCGUCGCCGACUCCCAGACGUUCAACGUGGAGCCAGCUAAUGCUAGUGUCGAGACCCAUUCCGUGGACUCGCCCAGAGAGGCACCGAUCAGCAGUUCGACGCCUCGCCUCCCACAGUCGCCAAGGCGACCACCAUUGCCCCCCCGCCUGAACAUCCUUCCUCCGCCCGGCCCUGAGCUCGCUCCCCCCUCACUGGUGCAGCGCUUCCCAGUCCGAUUCCAUUCCUCAGGGCGGUCCAUGCCUCUCACUCCAGGAGCCAACAGUAGCUCCAUGAUGUCUGAAACGCAAAUGAACUUUGACAAUGAUGACCGCAUUGUCCCCAGCACGCCCAUUCUGGUGGUCCCCAACCGCUCGGACAGUUUCACUGAGCCCCUGCAAUCCCCUCAGGUGGCCACUGUUCCCCGGUUCCGCUUCGGCACGUUGGAGGACAUGACCCAGUCCACGUCGUCUCACUCUGAUCUAGGCCAGCUGGCCUCUCAAGGAGGGCUGGGUAUGUAUGAGAGUCCAAUGUUCCUGGCGUCCCAAGAGGAGGAAUCUGGAGGACGCAGUGUCCCCACCACACCUUUACAGGUGGCAGCUCCAGUGACCGUUUUCUCUGAGACCGUCUCUAUGGACACCUUCACUAUGGAGACCCCAGAGCCGGCCUCCCAGUCUGUUCCCCUGGUAACCACAUCCACACCAAGCCUCACUGCCCCAGGGGGUGCUGGCGGAGGAGACGACCGGGACGAGGUCCUCAUGGAGCCAGAAGCUGAAGGGGUGACCACGGAGGUGAAUGUGGAGCCCAUGUCCCAGACUGAAACAGAGGAGCCUGGACAGGCCACUGAUGAGACCAGUCUCCCUUCAACUAGCCAGGAGCCCUCCUCCAGCUCCACAGACACUAGUAGCACUCAGCAACCCAAAGGCAGAGGAGGAACCGGCAGACAGCUGCAACGCUGGACACACUCACAAUCUGGCCCUGGCAAGAGAGGCAUGGGAUUCCGAGAUCGUUCCCUGAAGUAAAGACAUUUCCAGCAGAGCUCUGCUCUUACUUAAACCCCCAGUUUAAUCCUAGAACUACAGUUCCACUUGGCAUCUCUGUUUCUGCUUUAGGCCAGAUCUCCAGUCCUGUGGUUCGUGUGCUUGCUUUGUUUUUGUUUGUUUUUUCCUACUUCAGAAGAAUGUGUUUUGUGCACGUGUUUGUUAGCAGCAAUUGUGAUCAAUGACAAAGUAAAAUAAAGUAUGAUUUUUUUUUUUUACUGAACUUCAA